AUGAUGAAUACCGCAUCUCCGCAUUCCCGAACGCAUCGCCUAUCGCCGUCAUUCACCGACUCCGCCAUUGACGUAGAACUGUCGGAUUCUACACAGAGUGACGAAGACUCGAUUCCCAUUUUCCCUGCUGCGCAAUUUUCGCUGGCCGAACGGCUAUCUUACAUUACUCAUCUUGCUUCUGAAAACUCAUUGCGAGGGUACACCGUCGACGAGCGCGCCGCAAUCAACAAAUGUCUGGGUGAUUUGGAAACUUUACUACUCGAUCCACGACCGGGGAUCAGUCGCGUCAUUGCCCUGAAUCGACCGCCUAGUCCGAGCUCAGCAGGUCCGCCUUCAAGAAGUGCGACUCCCACUCCAAUUCCUACUACAACGCCCACCGCAAAUUCAGUGACCACCCGUCGCAAAGAGGCUGAAGAUGUUGUUUCUCGGGAGAGAAACCAAACCAUCACAGAGCAGACAUCUGCCGGUUUGCAAUCUGUUUUGGGUGCGCUUUCAAGCGUGAAUGAAGAACUACAGCAACGAUACCUUGAAUCUCGGCAUAUCCACGAUCUGUUUAUUGUCAAAUGCGAAGGGUUGGCGCAGCGAAUUAUAGAAUUGGAGAAUGAAGUGCAUGAAUUGAAAUCUGAUAUUUUGGAAGACACGAUUGAAUUGGAAGGACUCCGGGGCACUAUUCGCGGUCUCGAGAGUUGGGUUAACAGAUGGCAGCGUCAGCGCGAGAUUACCAUCGCAUCAUCAAAUCCUCCCUCACGCCGGCGGCAAAGGGGUUCCUCCUCCUCUUCUUCAUGGAGAUGGAAGAAGAAAAAACAAUCUACGAACCAUGGCCAUGAGCAGGAUGUCGCGGAGGAAGAAGAAGAAGAUUUCGAUGUGUUUCUGGAUGGAGUCUUGGCUUGGAUGAGAGGCUGGAAUGACGUUGAAGAAGGGUUUCUUGUUCGCGCUCGAAGACGAAAGAUGAGACGAGAUCAAAAGUCAUCCAUUACCUAG